AGCGCCUAAAGAUGCUGGCCGUCUUCAGCCAGCUAGCCAGUUAGCCGAAAACAUGCCAAAUUAGAGAAAAAUCUGAUUAAAUAUUGGACAUUUGGAUGCGGGAGAGCAGCGGGAUUAUGGCGGGAAUCAUUAAAAAGCAAAUCCUGAAGCAUUUGUCCAGGUUUACGAAGAACCUCUCUCCAGAUAAGAUCAACCUGAGCACACUGAAGGGUGAGGGUCAGCUCUCUAACCUGGAGCUGGAUGAGGAGGUUCUGCAGAACAUGUUGGAUCUGCCCACCUGGCUGGCCGUCACCCGUGUCUACUGCAACAAGGCCGCCAUCAGAAUCCAGUGGACGAAGUUAAAGACGAGCCCUAUUUGUUUGUUUCUGGAUAAGGUGGAGGUGGAGAUGAGGACGUGUGAGGAGCCCCGCCCCCCUAAUGGGCCCUCCCCCAUUGCCAUCACUGCAGGUCAAAGUGAGUACGGUUUUGCGGAGAAGGUGGUGGAGGGCAUGUCCGUCAUCAUCAACUCCAUCACCAUUAAAGUCCAGGCUCGCGCAUUCCACGCCUCCUUCGAGCUGUGGCAGCUACAGGGCUACAGCCUCAACCCCAAAUGGCAGAAAACUGACCUCCGAUAUACACGCAUCACUCACCCCAAGAGAGGAGAGGUUCUGACCUUUAAGGAGAUUAAUUGGCAGAGUCUUCGAAUCGAGGCGGAUGCGAUAGAGAGUGAGGAUCAGGACCUGGGCAGCACUCCAUUACGCCUCAUCACCAACCAGGGCCGCAUCCGCAUCGCCCUCAAACGCAGGGUGAAGGACUGUAACGUUCUGGCCUCAAAGCUGCUCUUCAUCCUGGAUGACCUGCUGUGGGUUCUGACUGACUCUCAGCUCAAAGCUGUGAUCCAUUACGCUAAAUCUCUGAGCGAGGCCAUGGAGAAAUCUGCCCAGCAGAGGAAGAGCAUGGCGGCUGAAUCCCUGCAGACGGCUCCUCCCUCGCCUGGGCCGCACUCCCUGUGGGCAGAACCUCCUCCCGCUCCGGUGGGCACGCCCAGCACUCUAGCGCAGUACUUCGACCUCCAUGAUGUGAAGGAGUCAUCCUACCACACCUUCAUCUCCCGCCUGGAUCUGCACAUCUGCAAUGACAGCUCAUCAGCAGAACCUGAUGACCCCCCUGUUCCAGGCUCUCAGGGUGCUAUGCAGCUGACCUUCCGGAAGCUGGGCUGUGAUUAUUACCCCUUCCACAGGCCGGGUGAUGGCUGCAGGCACUGGGAGUGUUACUGUGGAGCAAUGGACUCUCGGGCUCAGUGGGCGGCCAAACUGCUGCAGGAGUUCCAGCAGAGAGUGGACAGCUCAGGCUUUCCUGGACCUCCUACUGACCAGCAGGCACCCAGCACACAGUCACCAGCCCGCAAAACUCAGGGAGAUGGGGAGUCCGUUCUUAAGUCCAGUCCUGAUGGGGGUCCGGCGUCUCGGACUGCUCCUGGGGCAGCUCUAAAGAGACUCCGGUCCAGCUGCAUGGUGAUCCGGGUGGACGAUCUGGACAUUCACCAGGUGUCCACAGGGGGGCGCAACAGCAAGAGAACCCAGUCUCUUCUCUCCUGUAACCGCAAGUCGCUCCAGCUAGCGGAAAACACACCUGCCAUCCACCUGCAGUUCACAGAGUACUACUUCCCUCACAGCCCUGGAACACCUGUGCCCUGCUCUAACUUGUACGGUCAGCUGAACGGUCUGCAGCUCUGCGUGGAUGCCCCCAGCCUCCUGUGGAUGGCGCUCUUUUCCCGAGGUCUGCUGCGAACACUGGAGCAGGUUAAAGCCUUCUACCACUUGCAGGACAGCAGCAAGAGUGAGGAGCAUGUGGACAUCAGAGUGGACAUCACACAGCUGAAGCUGGUGGUUCCUUUGGACUCCUCCAUCCUGGAUCACCCGGAUCGUCCUCAGUCUCUGAGCUUCAUCCUCCCUCAGGCUGUGCUGAGCAACACCCGCCACUGCCCUCACGGCUCGUGCUCCGACCUCCAGGGCAUCUUCACUAGCUUUUCCAAACGACCUUUCUUCCAGACUUCACUGAGCCCGUCUUUCCCUCGUGACCGAAACACGUUCCACCCUCUUCCGCCCGAGUUUCUUUAUCCUCCCCCUGAAAAAAGGCCAACCCGAGCGCAGGACGUCUGGUGCUUGAGCUUGUCCCGGGCGGCGUUGGGUUUUGAAGGUGCCAGACGAGGACCUAAGGGAAGCGAUCUUGAUGCUCCCAGAAGCCCUGACAAGCUGCCUCAGCCUGGAACAAACCACGUCUUUCCAGAACAGGAUGUCCAGGAGGUACCUGGAGCUCCCUCAGCACCAGUCCACAUCCUGGCACAGUUCAUCACACCAGUUAAAGUGUGGUUGAACCACUACCAGUACGUAGCCCUGCUGAGGAUGAAGGACUUCCUCGCCCGGCUGGCCGGAGAUUUGACCCGAGACCCUCAGGAUUCCCAAAGUUUGGAAAAGAAGCAGGCCGAUCCUCCUGCGGUUUGUGUUUCCGUCCUCUUGGAGGCGCUAGAGCUCUGGCUGCUCCUGCCGCCCACUGUAGGAGAGCCAGAGGAAGACGGUGGCUCUCCAGAGGAAACGGACACUCAGAGUCUUACGGACUCGGAACUAUCUCCGUCCCACCAACCCGGAGAGCCUGGACUGCUGCAGGACAGCGGCAUCGGGGAAAACGCUGCGGCCAACGCCAGUGGAUCACAUGACCAGGAUGAUGAAGGUGAUGGGGAGGGUGAGGGGUCAGUGGAGGAAGCGUGUGAAGCUGUAGAAGAAGUAGAUGAUGAAGCCGGUCAGGAGGAACCUCAGCCUGCAACGCUGGUCACUUCCCCUCCGCACUCUCCAGGUCUGACCCGAGACACUUCCACCUUCAGCCUGGAGGGGGAGCUGUCCAAUGCCCUCAACGCCACCAAGGAUGUCACUAAAGAUGCGCUAAACGCCUCACUGGACCUCACCAAGGGGGCGCUGUCCAUCACGAAAGACGCCUUCAGCAUCCUAAGCCGCGGGUCGGCCAUGACGAAGCUCUUCAGCACUCAGACCAAGGAACAGGCCGCCCGGCCAGAUGACCCUGGUCUGCGUCUGCAGCCCCUCAAACACUCUUCUUCCCAGAAUUCCUGCGAUAGUGCCCUCCUGGACAGCAGCGUGGCUGAUGACGGCCUGUCUGUGGACAGCGACACCAGCGAAAACUUCAUCAUCCUGCUGGACUCUGAGUCUGGUUUGGAGUCUAUGCGUCCUAACGGUACUCCAGUUCACUCGGGUAGUCGGGUCAGUCCCGCUGCGGGGACAGAGGGGGGGUCGUCAGCAGAUCUGAGCAGCUCUCUGUCCCAGAGCACUGAGGAUCUUUCCCAGGAUUCAGUAUCUGUGCUGCUGCUGUCUCUGAGCGGGGUCACCUCUGUGGUGGAGCUCCGUGGGGAGGAUGUUGUCGUGGCAACUGAGGCCCAGUCCCUCACCCCUAAGCAGCUGGGCAACCAGAGAGUGAUGGAGCUGCUGGCCGGACUGACGGUGGCGCAAGGAGGUUCCUCGUCCCCGGCCAGCCCGGGGGCUCUCCCGGCGGUCUGUAUGAGGGUGGAGGCAGGACCUAGUGCAGGUCGUCACUGUGCGGCAGCAGAGGGGGCGGGGUUUUUGGAGGUUUGUGUGCAGGGCUGCCGGGCGGAGCUGCUGACCUCCACUUUGAACACGAUUGGACCGUUCCUGGAGGAUGAGCUGACGGCUGACCCACAGCCAAUCAGACUGAGGAUAUACAACACCAGCCUCACGCUGAAGGACGAUGGUCCGCGGGUGUACCCCACCGCUCCCCAGCCUGUUCCUGUGGCCUUCUAUUUGGAUGGUGUAGUUCUGGAGCGGCUGGACGACGGACACCUCAUGCUCAGAUCCACUGCCAGCCAAUCAGGAGACGGUGAUGCAGGAGGACAGGACAGAGCCUGCUGUGGGCCCGGAGGAGAGGGGAAGGUCGAGUCUCUGCAGUCUCAGCUGUCUGAAAUGCGCGCAGCUCUGGCUGCAGCUCUAUCGGAGCAAGAACGCCUCCUGCAGGAGAUCCACAAAUACAACCCUGCAUUCACACUCUAGGCUCCAGCACAGGGCAACACUGACGGCCUUCACAGCACAGUGAAGAGAGGAAGAGGAGGAGGGAGGGAGCCAUCAACCUCCCAUCGUGAUGGACAGAUCACAGACGGAGCAGGAGAAUCAACAUCACCAUCACCGUCCGCAUCACAGCUGCUUUACAGUCACUGACCGACAGUCAGUCAGUCUCUCUCUCUCUCUCUGUCUCCCUUUUUUCUUUCUCUUUUCUCUUUCUUUCAGUGUCUUCCAAUUUGUU